AACGAGCACGGGGCGAAUUCCAGAGGUUUCCCUCGAGCUACUUAAAGCCGCGGAAAACAGACGAUCCCGAAGUCCGAUUUCUCGACGAAAACCGGACAAGGUCGAUCUCGCCGGGAAGAUCUUCUUCACCUUCAGAUCGAGCUUCCAUCAAAUUCCCGCAGUCGAAUCUCUCUCCGCAACCAUGACGACGUCGAGGCGAUUCGCGGAUAGGAAGGUGGAUAGGUUCGAGAAGAACAUCACCAAGAGAGGGGCGGUUCCCGAGACGACCGCCAAGAAGGGAAAGGACUACCCCGUGGGACCUAUCUUGCUCGGGUUCUUCGUAUUUGUGGUGAUUGGGUCGUCUCUAUUCCAAAUUAUCCGGACAGCAACAACUGGGGGCAUGGCAUAAGACAAGCAACCUUUAAGGAAGGCCGAUGGAUGACUCUGUGUCAUGUCGUGUCCUUUGUGUUCUCUUAGAUUGUAGGGAAGUGACUUUGCUUGUACUUGACCAGUUGCUUUGGGAAACCCAUAAGCUGAACAAUGUACAUCCAGUUGUUUCGUUGGUUCUCUCAGUCUCAGCACUGUCUCAGCUGUAACUAUGAUAGAUCUUUGGUAA